GGGAUGAGGCGGAUGAGGAGGAGGAUGAGGAGGAGGGUGACGAUAAUGGUCACGUAUGCAGCGAGGCAAAGUGUCGUAACUGUGGGGAGCCGAGGCCCGAUGAUGGAAUACAUGAUUGCUAUAUCCAGCCAUACAAAAAGAAAAAGAAAAAGAAACGCAGGGGUGUUCGCCAGGGUCCAUCGGAUGACUCUGAUGACGACGCUCCGCCUAAUAAAUACAUAUACUAUGAUUUCGAAACGCGCAUGCAUGAUGGUCGUCACGAAGCAAACUGUGUGGCAGCUACAACGUCUGAAGGCAUAGAAUGGUAUGCUACAGGUCUAGGUUGUGUAAGCGAGUUUGUGAAACGCUACAGAAGAGGGGCGUAUUCGUUGCAUACAUUUGUUGCACACAACGCGUCGGGCUUUGAUAACUAUAUCGUCCUGGAUUACAUGACCAAGCAGGGUAUUAAACCCACUUUAGUCAUGAAGGGUAGCAGAGUCAUUUUGAUGCGUGAUGACGCAUACCAUCAGAGAUGGGUCGACUCAUUUAGCUUCUUGCCCAUGCGUUUGGCUAAUGCCCCGGCGGCGUUGGAUUUUGACGAUAUGGCAAAAGGUAAUUUUCCGCAUAAAUUCAACACACGGGCCAACGAGUCUUAUGUCGGCGCCUACCCUGAGAUCUCAUAUUAUGGAUAUGAUUCCAUGACUAGCGAUCAAAAGACAGAUUUCGCUAUUUGGUACCGAUCUGUACGACACAAAAAAUUUGACUUUCAGAAACAGCUGCGUCUCUACUGUGUCAACGAUGUGAGGAUCCUAUACAAGGCGUGUGGGAUCUACAGGGAAAAUUUCAUAGAGUGCGCCACUAUAGACCCCUUGUCCUAUGCCACUCUGGCUUCGGCGUGCAUGGCCACCUUCAAAAAGUCGUUCUUGAAGAAAAACGUCCUGGCACUGACCUAUGAGGGUGUCUAUCAGAAAAAGCAAAAGUCGUUCUCAUGCGCAUCCAUCCAGUGGCUUGAAUAUCUAUCCCACUCCAAUAACAUGGAGAUUCGGCAUGCUCUCAACCAUGGAGAGGCUAAAUAUGGACCAUUCUUCCUAGACGGACAUGCACCGUCUAUAAACACAGCCUAUGAAUUUGCAGGAUGCUUUUAUCAUGGGUGUGAACAGUGCUACAACGCUGGCCACCAGAACCCUGUCCUCAAGAAGACCUAUGGCGAAUUGUGGGUGCAGUUUCACCUCAAAGUCGAGGCUCUCAAAAGAGAUCAUGGUUUAAGAGUCGUGGUCAUGUGGGAGUGUGAGUGGCACCGUCUGAAAAAGACCAAUGCUGCAGUGCAGGCAUUCUUGGCUACUCUGAAGAUACAACCUAGGAUUGAUCCUCGCGACUCUCUCUAUGGGGGUCGCACCAACGCCAUCAAAAUGUAUCACAAGGCCGAGCCCGGUGUCAUGGAAAGCUGAUGUUCCCCCUCUGUGGUACAUGUGCCACUGAGCUCAAUCAGACAGACGCGUGUCAUCACAGCAACGAUGAACGGGCUCUGACAGGCACCUGGGUGACUUUUGAACUACAAAAAGCGGUCGAAAUGGGUUACGAGUUAAUCCAAAUGCAUGAGGUGUGGCACUACCCCAAACGGUCAGAGACUCUGUUUAAAGGGUAUGUCAAAACGUUUCUCAAGCGUAAACAGGAGGCUUCAGGAUACCCCAGCACAGUGGACACUGUGGAGAAACAGCGAGAGUAUGUGCAAAACUAUCUGGCAAAGGAGGGUAUACAGUUGGAUCACAACAACAUGUGUGUGAACAAGGCCAUGCGUAAUUGCAACAAGUUGAUUCUAAACAGUCUGUGGGGUCGCUUUUCACUACGCCCAGACCUACCCACUUGUGAGCUAAUUUCUGACCCUGAAAGGUUCACUCAGCUCAUGUUUAGCGAUAGCUAUCACAUUAGUCACUUCUGCUUUAUCUCUGAUGAAGUAGCCCUUGUACAAUGGAAACAUGUAGAUGCACGUCUCGCGAGGGCGCGGGAUGUCAACGUGAUUGUGGGGGCUGUGACUACCGCCCAUGCCAGGCUCAUGCUCUACGAUCUUCUAGACAAACUACAGGAACGUGUCCUCUACUGCGACACAGACAGCAUCAUUUUUGUU